UAUAAUCAAACAGAUAGAACCUCUACUCAAGUAAUAUUUGUUGUUGGAGGUGAAGAUAAAAAUAGAAACAUGGUGAAUGAGUUGAAUGUCGAAGAUGUUGAGUAUUCAGAGCCAGUCAGUCCAACUGCACAGUAUUUCAACAGCUCAGUGCUCUCCGUUUGCAUUCUUGCUGUUUUGGACACCGAAAUUCCUAUCGAUGAUUCCCCAGCCUUGGGUUUGCUUAAAGAUGUCUUCCUUCCCAUUAGUCCUCGCUUCUCCUCCCUUAUGGUUGAAGAUGAAAACGGGGUAAAGCAUUGGAAGAAGGUUAAAGUAAAGCUGGAAGAUCAUGUAAACAUCCCUAAUUUCCCCUCAGGAUUAUCACCACAAUCUUAUGACAACCAUCUAAGCAACUAUCUGUCCAAGAUAGCAAUGGAACAGCUCCCACAUAAUCGGCCACUAUGGAAUAUUCAUAUCAUCAAGUACCCUACUAGAAACGCAGCUGGUAAUUUAAUAUUCAAGCUUCAUCAUUCACUGGGUGACGGCUAUUCUCUCAUGGCUGCUCUUCUUUCUUGUCUACAAAGAGCUGACAAUCCUUCGGUUCCAUUGACAUUUCCUUCAAUUACUUCUGUCCCGAACCCAAAUCUUUCCGUCAGAGGUACCAGCAUAUUCAGGAACAUUCCUAAAGUGUUACGGUCAGCCUUCAACACUGUAUCAGAUUUUGGAUGGAGCUUGAUGAAAAGCAGCUAUGUUGAAGAUGAUAUUAGUUUGAUAAGAUCUGGGAAUCCUGGGGUAGAGUUCAAGCCAGUUGUAAUUUCAACAAUGACAUUUUCACUUGAUGACAUCAAACAAAUCAAGACCAAGCUUAGAGUGACAAUAAAUGAUGUGAUAACGGGAAUAAUUUUCCUUGGGACUCGAUUAUACAUGCAAGAAGGAAGAAAUAAGUUGAAUAAUGAACAUUCAACAGCACUAGUGCUGCUGAAUACUAGGGCCAUUCGAGAGUACAAGUCAGUGAAGGAGAUGCACAAACCCUGUGCUGAGAAAGUAUGGGGAAACCAGUUCGCCUUCUUGCAUGUUUCAAUGCCUGAAUUAAUCAGUUUGGAAUCUUUGAAUCCGAUUGAUUUUGUGUGGAAAGCUCAGAAACUUAUUCAGAGACAGCGAAACUCGGGUGCUAUUUUUCUUACAGCUCGCCUUCUUGAGUGGUUCAGGAAAUUUAAAGGCCCCGAGGCAACGGCGAAAUACAUCUACAGCACAAUAAAGAACUCCAGCAUGGCACUCUCCAACAUAAUUGGACCGGUGGAACAAAUGGCAUUGGCUAACCAUCCAAUUAAAAGCUUGUAUUUUAUGAUGGUCGGCGGGCCUGAGAGUCUAACCAUAACAAUGGUUAGCUACAUGGGAAAGCUGAGGGUUGCUUUUAAAACCGAGAAAGGUUUUAUUGAUCCCGAAAAGUUGAAGUCAUUUAUCCAGAAUGCUUUUGAGAUGAUCCUCAAGGCUGCACAAGAUAUUGCUUAAUUAAUUCAAUCUCAAAUUCCAUACACAAUUGUAUUCUACCCUUGCUUUGUUUUGGGUUAGGAAUAAUUGCUUUAUAUUGACGGAAGAAUCUUAAAUACAUGCAAUGCUAUAGCAAUGUUUUACUUCAA